UUUUUUUUUUUUAUUUUAUUUUAUAUACUUUUAUUAUUAUUAAUUAUUAAAACUAUGAUGUUGCGCACUUUAAGAAAUUCUAUGAACAAGUCAAGUCGUCUUAUUAGUCAAAAGCCUUUAGUAACCAAUCGAUAUUAUCAUGAAAAGGUUAUUGAACAUUAUGAAAGACCUCGUAAUGUAGGUUCCUUUUCAAAGACGGAUCCUAAUGUGGGUACAGGUCUCGUAGGUGCACCUGCUUGUGGAGAUGUGAUGAAGUUGCAAAUUAAAGUGGAUGAUGUGACAGGUAAAAUUACAGAUGUCAAAUUCAAGACAUUUGGUUGUGGUUCAGCUAUUGCUUCCUCCAGUCUUGUCACAGAACGUGUACGUGGCCUGACGUUAGAUCAAGCGAAUGCUAUUAAAAAUACAGAGAUUGCUAAAGAAUUAUGUUUACCACCUGUGAAGCUUCAUUGUUCAAUGCUUGCUGAAGAUGCUAUUAAGUCUGCUAUUCGAGAUUAUAAAGCAAAACGUAAAGCUGCCGGUACGAGUGCUACCUCUAGCCUAUAGUCGAAUAUACAUCUGUGUAUAUAUUUAUAUUAUAGUAGUAUCAUGUAAUAUAUCAUAGGUAGUACGAAGAAAGGAAAUGAAACAAAUCCCCGCUUUGAUUGAUGGUUGAUAUAUGUGUAUGUGUAUAGUGUUAAAAAGAAAUACAAAUGUGUAUACAUACAUACAUAUAUUAUGUACAUGUAUUUAUUCUUGUUAUCUUUCCUUCAGCCAUUUUAUAUAUAAUUACUACCUUUAAUAAUAAAUGAUGUUGUUAGCGUGUGAAAAUUACAGAUGUAUAAAAUAAAGGAGAAAUCCAAAUAAAAGGGGCAAGUAAACUAGCA